AUGAAGCAAUUUUCCCCCUACACCAUCUCAUGUACCAAGAAAUAUGCACUAGACCAGAUUCAAAUUCGCAACGCUAAACCGAGCAAACGUUCUUCACCCACUACGGCCGUGAGAGUUUCCCCCCCGCCCCCUCUCUUUUGCUUGCUACAAACUCCAACUAAACGAAAACAGUGGAGAGUCUUCCAGCAACUGGGAAGGAUGUUUACAGGAUCUCAAUUUCCUAAGCCGAAAAGUGGGGAAAGGAGAUAG